GGGGAGGAGAGGAAGAGAGGAAAGGGAGGUAGAGACAAUGACGGAGGGAUAGAAAGACUUGAGCGCUGCUCUGGAGUAAAUCCCCUCAAUCUGAUCAGUGUAUGAGGAAAGAACCAACUAACUCACAGCGUGGAGACACAAGCUUUAAGCAUUUAUCUAUUCUUCAGUGAGGAGAAGAGAAAGAACACAAUCCACAGUAAAACCAAAUUCAAGACCCAUAUGAUUGAGUUCCUCGCAGAUGAGUGGAUAUUUUGGGGAUGGAAAUCUAUUAUUUUGCUUCCUGAUGCCUCUUUCACAUCAGCAAAGAAGUCAACACAACCUUUACUUGAAGUGGCAUCACACAUUUUGAAGCAAAGCCAAGCUUCUUAGUCUGUCUGUCUGAACUCUGAAUGGAGAUCAUGAGGAUCUCUCUGCCUGUACAGCUGUUCUUUGCUCCCUUUGUCUUUUCUUUACUUUCACUCCUUCUCUGGCCGGCAUCUGCCAGCUCUGGGUCUGACUUUGGAGCCCACCCACGCUUUGUGUGCACCCCUAUUCCCUUGGAUGCAGACCCUUCCUGCUUCCCAACAACAGGUCCAAACGUGGGUGCAGCGGGGCCCAGCGGACAGGGCCAUCAAAGUGCACCUCCAGUUGGCUGGUGGGGGGCAAGCGAAGAGGCCAAAGCUACCAUCCUCCACCUUAGGGAGAGUCUCGUCCAGCAGAAAGAGAUCAUCCUGGACCAAAGGGAGACUAUUAGGGAGCUCACAGCCAAGCUCACUCUGUGUGAAGGCUUCGGACGGGGUGCGUCACCUCACGAUGCCUCACACUUGCAUCGCAUGGGAGUGGCCAGCCAUCACUCAUACACUGACAAUGGGCACUAUAGCAACCAGCAUGGUCACCAUGGCAACAGCAACCUCAUACCAGACUCGCCACACUACCCCUCAGUGGGAGGGCAACGAUCUGAUGGAGGGCAUAGCAGCAACAACCACGGGAAGGAUAAACAUGAGACACCAGGGGACGUCACAUCAUCUCCAGAGCAGAUGGAAAGGAUGCUGCAGGCACUGAAGGAGAGGCUGGACAACCUGCAGAAGAGGAACACAUCUACCACGUACUCCAGCUCUCUGAAGGAGCUGCUGCAGAGGAAGAUCAACACACUGGAGCAACAGCUGCACCAUCACACUGACGCCCAUGGUAGCCCGGACCACCACGAUGACGACAGCAGCCACGGAGACGACGGAGAGCAUCACGCUGAUGACCACCACAAUGACAGACACCCGAGUGACCACAAAGACGACCAUCACGAUGGACAUCGAUAUGGUCAUGGUGACAGCGGCAGCCACACAGACCACCACGAUGACAGCCACAACAAUGACCACCACGAUGCAGACAGUGACGAUGAUGAUGGCCGCCACGAUGAUGAUGACGAUGAUGACGACGAUGACGAUAAUGAUGAUAAUGAUAAUGAUGGUGAUCACCAUGACAAUGAAGCUGACAAUCACAGUUACCUUCCACACACGGGAUACAGAGCAAAAGGGCCGCGGACCGGUUUCCACUCACAUAAGCUGGAAACGAUGCUCAAUCAGCUGCACCUCUCAGGUUCCAGCAGGAAGGUAUCGAAAAGUCCCGAUGCUUUCCAGAUCAGCUUCCCCAUGAGGACCAACUAUAUGUACGGGCGGGUGAAGAGGACACUGCUGCAGGAGAUCUUCGCUCUGACUUUGUGUGUUUGGAUAAAGGCGGGAGUGGGACCUGGACUGGGGACACCUUUUUCUUACUCUGCACCCGGACAGGCCAACGAGCUGGUGCUCAUUGAGUGGGGGAACAAUCCCAUAGAACUGCUGAUCGAUGACAAGGCAGCGACUCUGCCCCUGUCUCUGAGUGAUGGGAAGUGGCACCAUGUGUGUGUGACUUGGACCACACGAGAUGGACAGUGGGAGGCCUACCAGGACGGGGUGAAGAGGGGGUCAGGGGUGAAUCUCUCAGCCUGGCACCCCAUUAAAGCUGGAGGGGUCUUCAUUCUGGGACAGGAGCAGGACACCCUCGGAGGUCGUUUUGAUGCCACUCAGUCAUUCGUGGGCGAGAUGUCAGACCUGCACAUGUGGUCACAUGUCCUGAGCGCCAGUGACAUCUAUAGUCUGGCCUCCUGCGGCAGCCACCUCAGAGGUGAUGUCAUCGCUUGGUCUGACACGGAGGUGGAGCUUCACGGAGGCGUCGCCAGGUACCCCUUUGACCCCUGCCACUGAAGGUUGUUACCCUGAUGAUUGUUGGAACAUACUGAAGACAUUUAUCAAGAGAAACCACAGGAGACUGAAGGAGGAUUAAAAUAAUCACUCAGAGCCAAUGCCUUCCCUUUAAACUAAAUCAGUGACUUUUAUAUAAAUAAUGAAAGAAACUUUUUGAUGAAUCUUUAUUUACAGAUGAGACUGUAGAGACUCUGUGGUCUUAGGCCAUUAUUUGUUGUAUCUAUAAGUUAGUGUUUUAUUUAAACAGACAAGUGCUGUAUGUGACAUAUUGUCAUAUUGUUAAUAAGACUAAAUAAAGUCAGGUCUGUGCUAAUGUUUGCAGGCCUUACACGGGUUCAGUUGUGGUGACGUAACAAACUGUAAGUUGUUAGUUUGAAUGAAAUUCAUAGAAGUGUUUUUUUGUUGUUGUUAUUUUUCCUGAUCUGGAUUCUCUUUUUAAAGGUUUCCAUGAAACAUACAGCUAAUUCACCAAAGAAAUGUAGAAUUCAGUUUAAACUUUGUGUUCAUUUGUUCCAAUUUUAUGAAUGUCUAUCAUAGAUAGAUUGAUGUUGGAUUUUGACAGAAAUGCUGAAGAUCCUGUGAGACAACGUGUUUAACAGUUAUUACACAGACUCUUGCCUCAGUUUUGUAAAAGGGCUUCUUUGGAAAAUGUUGAUUAUACUGUUUUUUCCCAACUUUUAUAUGUUAUCAAUGCAAACAAAUCACAUUUAUCACUGAAUUAGUUUGUAACUUUUGAUGUCCAAUGCACUGUGAUUUUGUGACUCUGGCCUUGAUUGUAUAUUUAUUACUGUACAGAACUUCUUUUUGUUUUUUAGUGAGAUUAGAAUUUUCCCAUUGUGUUAAAGUUUGUCCUUUAAAAGUGUUUAAAUAAAUGCGUGAGAGUUUAA